AUGUUACAGAUGUCUCGAAAAUUAGUAAUGGUGUUCAUUUAUGCAAAUGGUCAGCCAUUUAUAAACAAUUUGGUUUGGGUACAAGGCUUGCUCUCUCGGCCGGUACUACAACUAUUGCAAGGGAUGAAUAUACUGCUGGUGUAUCAGCAACAGAAAUUCUAAAACGUGGUAAUAUAGAGCUUAUAACACUUACUAAUAAUUAA